AUGGCUGAACAAGAUAGCCUCGCCGCCCUCCAGGGCCUCCACCGCGACCUAUGCGCCCACAUCGACCUGCAACUGCCGGUGCUUGAGCGCCUGCUACUGAAUCUGGAAGCGCAUUUGGAGGAGCUCAAGACGCUGCUGGACAAGAAACCAAAGAACGACAAGAGCAGACAGGCUCUGGCUUCCGGCAAGAUCACCAUUGACGACAACGAGUACGAGGUCAACGACGACUUCAAACAACAGACGCUUGAACUCGCUGAUGCCCUGGAUCUCGAUGAACUCGAUGCCGCCGCCCUCUUCCUCGGUGCCCAAACCGAAGCCCGUGAGCUAGACCGCUCCCAGUUGCAGACAGCAGUCAUCCGCUUCCACCGCCGCCGCGAGUAUGUCCUCCUGUGUGUGCGCAUCUUGAUGAAGACGGCUCUGGACAGUGACGAUGCUCAAGUUGAGGGGCUGCCCGUGCUGCAGGAGGCUGUCCAGAUGAUCGUCGGUGUACACGGCACAACAAACUUGGCCAAUGCCUUUGGUUUCUGGGCCAAGUGCCUGACGAGUAUGGAGGCAGUGGAGAGGUGGUUGCAGUUCAUUGCCGAGCGCGUGCAGAGCACCCAGGUUGUGGGCCAAGUACCUCUGCCCGGGUUUGUGGAAAUCAUGGACUUCCAGCGCCAGAGUCUGACCAGACAGCAUGAGAACCUGGCUGCAAUUUGUACCCAUAUGAUCAAGCCCGGAUACGUCAAUCUCGACAACUACAAGUCCUUGCUUGCCCGCGCUAAAUUGCUCGAUCGACAUGACCUUAAUACCAUCCAUUACGUUCCUAUCCUUCUUCGGCUCACGUCCUGGGUCGCCUCAGACAGCAACAACGUCACAUUGAAGGAAGCGCGGAACUUGCACGACUCGUUGAUGAGUGGACGUGAAAGCGACAACUGGCUGUUGAGGAAUCUGCACGCGGCAACAUUGACUUGGUGGCUGGCAGAGUAUAGCGGACGCUACAUGGACCCCAACACCCAAGACGCUGCGCUGCAAGGCAUCAACUUUGACGAUGAGGCCAACGCGCGAUCCGACGUCUUCCUCAAGGCCCUCGGUGAUGGCGCAUUCCAUUUCAUGCUUUCCGUCAGCCAGGAUGUCCGCCCAACGCGCUGGUAUGACCCCCAGAAGACUAGCAUGUUGUCAACGCUCCUGCAAGACACGGCUGUCUUGAGCCGAGACUCGGUGCAGCCCGAAGACUUCUUCAAGAACCUCCUUAUGGAGCAGUUGCAGACGUUUGUCGAUUCCUUCAUCACACACAUGCCGGACACGCUACGCAAACUCAAGGCCGAGGAGGACGAUCAGCGCCGACGACUGCAACUCCACUUCCAGAGAUCAACCGGGGAGUACCCACUGCAUCUGGAGCGAUUCAUGGUGAUUGUAGCCUACGCAUUCGAUGGCUUCCCCGACGCUGCCGAAGACUUCUGGAGCGACAAGGAGAGUAACCUGUACGGAUUUCUACAAUGGGCGGCCAAGCGGCAGCCUACACCACGGAUAGCCAUGUUUUGCGAAAUGCUGCGUGCCAUCGGUACUGGAGAGACGAAUGCGGAAGCUGCGCAUCGCUUCCUGCUCGAAGAAGGCGCGUCUGCCUCUGGCAAGAUUCGCCGAACCAGCUCGCUCAGUUACACCACAAUCUUCAACGAAUUGAGUGAGUUCGAAAAGGAUAUUCACGAACCGAAGAAGGCCAUUCAGGCUGGCGUAUAUGCUGCCGCCACCAACCCAAUUGACCAGAUUGUAGAGCCGGAAAGUGCGACGAUGCUCGAAAGCUACUUCCGACUCAUUUCGCACAUCUGUCGACAAAGUCCCACUGCCCGCAACUGGAUACUCGAGGUCAAGGAGUUCGACUUUGCUAACAUCUGCUUUGGUCUCUGCACUGACAAAGUCGAGAGCGGAUUGCGCGCAGCUGCUUUCGACGCCCUCUCCGCCCUGCUUGUAGGCAAGGAUGCUCCACGUGCCAAUGCCAUGUGGUUCAUGCUUGACGAUUGGACUGUUAACGGCUUCUACACUGGCUCCAAGCAGAACAACACUCUGGGAGCUGCACCAAGGGAUGACUUGUGGCCCACACUCGCAGACGGAUACGACGAGUCCAUCGCCUUGGUUCGCCUUCUCCACAUGCUGGUAGAGCCCUACCCUGAGAACGAAGGCUUGAACGACAGUCUGCCAUUCCCCGAAGGGUUGGGUUCUUCGCGUAGAACGCCUGGUAUUGAGGGCUUUAUCGACUUUGUCAUGCAGCAGGUGUUUGCAGAGCGCUCUUUGGAUGUACUUGAUCCUCUGCAACGCAACGUCAUGCGGUGGACUUGCUUGCGCUUCAUGGUAACUUGCCUCUCGACAUUCAAUGAGAACCUCGUCGUCUUCGCAAACAAGUCUAGCAUACCUGUUGACGAUGUUAUUGAUCCUUCAUCCCUUGCUGUUUAUGUUGCGCUGCACCCGUUCGCACGCGUCAUGGAGUGGCUUUUCAAUGACAAAGUCCUCAAGGCCCUCUUCGCAGCCUCGCAUCACGAUGUGACUAUGGUCGACGCUGCUCCGUCAGACUCGCCCCUGAUCCAAUCUCUCAUGCUGAGCAUUGAGGUGAUGGACUGGGUCAUGAAGCUUCAAGCUACGUACCUGGACAUCGUCAGGCCAGUACUUAAGCAGCAGACCUCUUUCCAGCAUUCUCCAGUAUCAAAUCUAUCACUAGCGUCUUUCGAGGACGCGAUUUUGAACAACCUUCAAAUCGUUGUUGAUCUUGGCUUGUACUGUGGCACAGGCCAUGAGGCCUUGACAAUUGCUUCUCUUCAAUUACUGGAGAAGAUGGCUUCGUCCCGCAAACUUGCAGUCUCCCCUGCAGGAUUCGGACAACGAUCUGGCCGAAGCAAGAUUGUUGGUAUAUUGGAGAAGGACAACGAGGCAGAGCGUAUUGGCAGGUCUCUUGCGAGUCUGAUGCGAUUCAGCGCCGAAGAGCUUGAGGCCGGAGAAGAAGCUUCUGGAUACAUUGUCAAACUUCGCAUCUUGGAUUUCCUGAACAGUUGUUUGGCUGCUGUAUCUCUCCGGCCAACAAUCGCUCACAUUCUCUUGGGUUUCUCGUGCGGGACAAAUGCUGUCCGAAUUGCUGACGACAGUCUUUGGUCCAAUGGACAAGCUCUCUUCCACAGCAUCCUUCUGCUGGGCGUUGAGUACCCGGACAACGACGGAGAGCAGUUCUUGGCAUGGAGAGCUGCGAUCAAGACCCGGUGCUGGCAGGUGCUUCAGAAACUCUGGCGCUCGCCGCUAACGAGUGCUAUCAUCAUGGAGGAGCUGCGCGACAACGAGUUGCUAUUUAUUGAAGCACCCCAACUCACCCCCAUCACUCUCGAGAUACCCUGGGACGGCAUGUCUCUAGCUCAAGGACUUGGAGUUGCCCCUAGCGACUAUUCUGCAUUCUUCUCUGGGCCGCCGGCACUUGCCCUACAGAACUUUCUCCAACGUCGUGCCGCAUUCUUAGACUAUGAGUCGAGAGAACUUCGGUUGACAGUUAAAGAAAACAUGCCGACCAUGAAAUCCAGGAUCCAAUCUCUACUUCUUGGCACCACCAUUAGACCUGGUGAGGACGCUGGUGUGAAUCCCAACAUUUUUGAUCUGUUCGAUUUCAUGGAGCUGGCCUACCCAGAACGCGCCCUACCAGAUCAGCACAAGUUUUUUGAAGGUGUGAGCCUCGAAUCAUGCCAGGAAGAGAAGGAGGGUUGUACACUAUACUCGAUACCGCUGCUAGAACAGGUAAUCCGGCUGAAGCUAAAGUAUUGGAGGAAGGAUGGCUUACUGAAAGAGGAGGAGCAAGAGAUAGAGCUCGCCGAACAGGCUGAGCUUUUGAUGGCCAUCUUUGUUGACUGGAAUCGCCGCGCCCAGCUCAUACGCUAUCACAAAGAAAUCCUCCAAUCUUGGGUUCAAGUUGUGAUGGUAGCAGUGCACAACUGCGACUUUGAGAACGGAGCUCGAAGCUCUUUCAUUCUACAAACCUUGCAGGUCAUCCUUCCAAAGCUCGAACAGUCAUAUGCCACCGACAUAUUCACUGCUCUACAGCUCGCCAGCCUUGCCGAAUCUCUCAUUCAAAAGGUUGACUUCGAGUCCACAGCCUUCGACAAAACUGGCGACUUUGCCAACGACCGAUUGUCGCAACUCUUCCAUGCUGCACUGAUUGGCAUUCAUAGUCCAGUCUCUACAGCUGAACUGCGGGAAUACUGCUACCAGAUUUGCUUCCGUUACAUGCACGGUACCUUCCAGAAGGCAACGCCAAACUCCGUGCUUGGCCGUCACACACUCAACGCAAUCAGGAACUGUGGAAGCCAUAUGCUCGAAGUGAUUUGCGAUGAUGCCUACAGUGGUCAAGGAACGUGCAAGGUCUCUGCACUCCUUCUUCUCAAUGCAUUCGUAGCAGUUGCUACACGCCAGUCUUCCAAGUACAUACUCGAAAGCUUUGUAUCUCUCAACUUUAUCGGUGUCCUAGUUGACAACAUCAAGCACAUCCCCGAGGAACUCCGCGCUGCGACCGCACCACAAGUGCCAGUUCUACUGUCCUACUAUGACGCUAGUCUCGCGCUCCUCCUCCGUAUAUGUCAAUCUCGUCUAGGAGCGGCACAUGUGCUCAACGCAGGCCUCUUUCCGGCUAUCCGAGACUCACAAAUUUUCUCCGUAGACCCUGACAUCGGUCUCGAAUUCGACGACGCGAAUGCUCUGCGCAAAUAUUACGAGCUUAUGCUGGCUGUGCUGCGAGUGAUUAAUGCCGCAGUCAUUGCAAGAGGACGACAAAACGAUCAGACGGUGUUCCAAGCAAGAGAGUUUUUGAAGGACAAUAGGCACAGCAUGGUCAGCAUCUUCAAGAGAAGUGUCAACGUAGGUGUUGGAAAGGGUGAGGAGGUACAACAGAACCUGGUGGACUUGGUGGAUUGCUGGACAGUACUGGUUGACGUUACUGGAUUCCUACAAUACGAAGAUGAGUCGAGCCUGAAGAAGGCGAGACCAAAUAUGUUCUCAUAA